AUGCUCACUACUCGUGUCACGUGUCUGGGCUGUGCUCAGGAAAAUGAAAGUGAUGGGGACUAUGAAGGUCCAAACCAGGAGGACGGGGAAGAAGACGGCUACAUCUGUGCUGUGGCUGAGCCACACACAGCUGAGCAACAGGACAGGGACGAGACCUAUGAAAUUAACUGCGAUGAGCCUUCCUCUGCAGGCAUAAUGAAGCCACCUCGACACCCGAGAACGGCUAAACUUCAGGACAGAGAUCCUGUUCCUGAGCCGAUCCCUGCUGAAAGGAUCUCAAAACCUCCAACACCUUGUCCACCAAGAAUGAGCCAUACAACUCCGAGACCUUUCAAAGCACCAGCCAGCCAACCCAAUCUGCACAUCGACAGGAGUAAGAAACCUGGACAAUGUGGCCCAUCCCAGACAGACCUUACAAAAUCAAAGGGCAGCACAGUCAAGGCUCCUGGCUCAUCCACAAUCAAGAUCCCUAAUCCAAGAGUCACCAAACCUACUGAUGUGUUCAACAGAUUAAGUAGACGCAUUCCAGCUCCUCCAGUGCCAACACAGCCUGCUAAGGUUAACAAUUCAAUACCAGACCCAAGGUUUGGAUCCCAGUUGGUACGGAGGAAAGGUGACCAGACAUCAAGCUGA